GCCUCGGUACGUUGAAAUGAUAGAAAUAGUGCUUGUUCUGACAGGUAGAGCGCUGAAAUCACAAACGUCGACUACCAAAGAUAUUUAUGACAGCUAAUAAAACUCGAAUAAGAGUCUGCAAGGGUCGUUCGUUGUAGUAUAAUCAAAUUACAUAUAUGUAUUCUGUGACAUGUUACACUCUGUGUAAUAAUUGUUCUUGUAUGUGUUGAUAGAUGUGUUACUUUUGAGCGUUUUUGGAACUUUCGCCACUAUUACAUUUGUUUAGAUUCCAUUUUGUUCAUCAAGAACGGGUGAUUUCGUUCUCUGUACACCAGACUAGAAUUACCUGGGAAAGUUGACUUAUGCUUCUUGAAAUCAGAAGAUAGUUCAAAGUACAGAAGAUUUAUAUUUCUUGUUAUGUCUGCUUGUAACAUUACUACACUUCAAGUUUGGGAUACAACCUACAGUGCAGAUUCAGUGGAAUGGUGCCCAGUGGAACCAUACCUUAAUGUUUUUGUAUGUGGAACGUACCAUUUGGUACAAAAUGAUAGUGAGACUUAUGAUUGCUCAGAUGAAAAUGGAGAGAUAGAUAAAACGAAAACCAAAUGUCAACAAGAAAAGUUAGGGUCUUUGCACCUCAUGGUUGUUGAUAGAUGUCUUGUAACCCACAAAGUGCAAACAUUGGAAGUCGAUGCAGUUUUGGACACAAAAUGGUGUCCAAAAAGAGUAGAAAACAAAACUUUAUUAGCUGCUGCUACUGCAAAAGGAGAAAUAUUAGUUUUUGAACUUUCUGAGAGCCCUGACUUACCAGAAGAAACACAGUUUCAUCAUUUUCUUACGUUACUCACGAAAGUGAAAGUGUUUCCAGAUGACAUGGUCUUAGCCCUAUCUCUUGACUGGAAUGUGAGAAAGAAAGAACAUAAUGGAGAUGAAUCACUCCAAGUUGUUGUUAGUGAUUCACAUGGAGGAAUCAGUUUACUGAAGUUUACAAAUUCCACUCUGAUCGUAAUAGAUUGUUGUGUGCUCCACGAUUAUGAAGCCUGGAUAGCAGCUUUUGAUUAUUGGAAUCCAUCUGUAUCAUACAGUGGUGGUGAUGAUAACAAGUUUUUAGUUUUGGAUUCAAGAGUAGGUAUUCGCAAUCCUGUAUUGGUUAAUAAAUCUCAUGAAAUGGGAGUUACUAGUAUUUGUUGCAAUGAUUCUAAAGAGCACUUGCUUGUUUCCGGCAGCUAUGAUGAACAGCUCAGAUUUUGGGACACGAGGAACCUAAGAAAACCAAUUUCAUCCACCACUCUUAUAGGAGGAAUUUGGCGUCUGAAAUGGGAUCCACAAAACUUUGAUCAUCUUCUUGCGGCGUGCAUGUACGGAGGAUUUUGUGUUAUUAAUUCAGAAGAUGUAAUAAAUCCUAAAGUAGUAACUGUCUAUAAAGAGCACAAAAGUAUUGCUUAUGGAUGUGAUUGGUGUUUUUGGACAGAUGCAGAAAUAAGGUCCAUAGUAUCAGAUAAAAAUCUUAAAGAAUCUACUAAAAUAUUAUCUCUUAUUGCUACAUGUUCAUUCUAUGAUCACAAAUUGUGUGUGUCUAUUUUUGAUAGAAAUUGCUGAGAUGUCAGUAAUAAAUGCCUUUUUUGAUACAACUUUUUUAUUUUAUUCUUUAGUGGUUAAAAUAGGAGUGCAAAAUAAUCCUAACAUUGAGUGAUUGAAUCUGACCCUAACUUAUAACAGCAAUAAUAGAAUAUGUAAAUAUGUCUAAAGGUUUACUUCAAAUUUGAGAGGUACAAAUAUUUUGUGUAAAUGUAAACCAGUAUAAUUCAAGAAACUGUAAGUCAACAAAAUUAGAGAGUAAAUUGUGGAAUUGUGUCAAUUCAAAGUAGUGAGCAUUGUUGUGGUUUGGUAUGACUUUGAUUUUAAAAAUUUUCUGCUUUAUUACCUUUAAUGGAGAGAGCAGUUAAAAUAUUAUUAUUAUACUCUUUUUGUUCCUUUUGUAUUAUACUCCUUUUUGUAUCUGAGUAAUAUGUUUUAAAGAGAUGUGUUUGUUGAAAUUUAAAAUAAUAUUCCUCUGUCUUUGUUGAUAACUUAAAUAUGGAUCAAGAAAGUUCUAUAGAAACAUUUUUUCAAACAUGUUUGGCCAUCCAAACUGAAUUUCUACAUAAAUUAUGGAAAGAGCACCCAAGCUUUUGUUGAUUGUUUACAUCUCUGCAAGAAAAAUGUUCAAGGAUAAUGAGAGAUGACAUUUUAUCAUACAUGGGUUAUUGAAUCCAGUGCACAAUGAUGCAUGGUAGAAGAAUACAUUCAUAACGCUAAGAUUUUAGAAAAUAAAAUUGAAAAUAAAAAGCAUAUUGAAUAAGAAGUGAAUUUGUAAAAUUCUUUUGGACUUGAAAAAAAAUAUGAAAAAUUGAAAAAGAAGGAGCUUGAGAAAUUGGGCAAUUUGGAUUACAUCUUGAAGUUCUGGUGAUCAAGCCGAGUGUGACCAAUAGAUAACAGUUAAUAAUUGUAUGUGACUGAAGAGAGAUUCACAAAUGCAUGACAAUUGGAAAGAGAAUAUUUUGGCAGUAUUUUCGUAGCUUGACUUGAAAAUUUUUGAAAUUAUGAUUUGCCACAAAAUUAGCAAGUUUGAUUAUCAAGAAAAUGCAACAAAUAUGUCAUUUAUUGGAAAGAAAGAACUUUAAGAAUGUCAGGAUCAUUAUUUGACGGGAAAAGAAGGAAUUGAAAUGAAUUUAUGAAAAAUGGCAGACAAAUUUUAUUUAGUUAAACUUUUGAAUGAAUAUAAUCAGUAUAAUUUUGGAUAUUCUGAAAAAGAAGAGAGUCAAUCAGUUAAAAUUUAUAUGUAAUGGUGUAUGCGGUUCUAAGAGAUAUCAGGAAAUAAAAUUCAGUGGUUUGUGAAGGAAAAUUUCUAUAUGAAUUAUAAUUUCAUUUUACGAUGGGUAAUACAAAAAGUAAGUGGAAAGUUUUGUGAUUGCAUUUGGUUUUGAAAGAUUUGCAAUCAUUCCUUUAUUGUAAAGGGCAGCAAAAGAAAUUUCUUAAUAUUUGAACCAUUCAUUCAGCUCGUAAAGGUGUGAUGGGACCCCUCAGUAUUAUAAAAAAUAUGAGAAGAAUUUAUGGCCACUGAGGAUCCAAAGAAUAGAAUAUUUCUACUUCUUUUCAAGAUGCAUUUGGAAAAUGUUUUUAGAAACUUAAGUUUAUUAGAUGCAUAAAUGGUAGUAAUAACUUGAGACUCGACUUUACAAAAUGCCUUUUUAUUAUUAAGAUUUUAAGCCUUUCAACAAUCAUAAUCACUUAACUGUACUUCUGGAACUGUUUUAGAAGAUGUUUAUUUUGUCUAUUCUUAAUUUUUUACUGUUCUUUUCUGUCAUUUUGUUGUUUUUUCUCGUGGCACAAACUUGAUCGAACUGGAGACAUGCCCAGACACUUACAAACAAGCCUUGUCAACAUGAAGGGAAUGUCACAUUUUGUGUAACUGUGCAAGUGGAUGCCCCAAAGCUAGGAAGUAUUAAAAAUCUAAAUGAGAAAGGAAGAUGAUGCCAUUUCAAAUUUUUGAAUUUCUUUCAUUGAUG